AUUGAAAUGUAGCCGUUCACUUGGCCCGUUCCCCUUUGAGUAAACUAAAACUGUGGUAUCCGUUAGAAAAGUAGAGAAACGGAUGAUACAAUGGCUGAAGAAAAUAUAGAGAUAUGUGGAUUUCUAGAUGUAAAAUAUCUCAGUGGUAAAUACAAGGUUCAUAAAGUGAGAAAAAGGCCAUUAGCUCCUUGGAAGGUUUGGAGAAGACAUUGGUGUUCCAUAAAAAAGCUAGGCCCUGGUCUGGGUGUCAGAGUGCAACUUGAUUACAAUAUUAGCAGUGGUGUUACUAUGUCACCAAAUGACAAAGACAGUUCACUGAUAAUACCAUUGGAUGCUAUUAUUUGUCGUACUCAAUCUAGAUCCAAACAAUUCGCCUUUGGUAUAUUCCCUACCAAGGAAAGGAAACCGUUGAUAUAUUUUGCUGGUACUUCAGAAACCGAAUCACAGAGGUGGAUGGCGAAUAUCAGGCAAUUGUUAAGACCUAGAAGGAAUCGGUUCAUACCAGGAUCAUACAUCAUGUCUAUGGUUGAUAAUGUCCAUUCCAAGUCAUCAGGACUUACUGGAUUGUAUGGUGAUUUAGUGGCCAGUACAGUAGGAGUUUUUAUAAAGGAUGCUCAUUCGGGUGAAGUAAUAGGAAAUUUUGAAUGGAGGGAACUGGGCCAGUCCCACCUCAGUACAACGGGACAUCCGGACGAUGUUAAAUGUAUUUGCGUAAUCCAUACAACCAAAGAAUUCCGUGGUGGAGUUGGAGAGCUUCAUAUGUUUUGUUUAGAAGCUGAUAAAUUGCUGCAAGAUUUAGUGACUCAAGGUCGUGGUCCAAGAACUAAAUUCGGUAGAAAACCCCUCAGUUUAAGCGAAGGUGACCUCAGAAUAUCGAGGUUUGAAGAACUGCAACGACAUUAUCCAAUACUAAGCGCGAGGAUCGAUGUCAGGAUGUUAAAUAGAAAUAGAAUAACCACUAUAGGACAUGAACCAAUGAAUUCCCCAGUAUACAAUAAUCUAGUAGAAGAUGUUUAUCAACCAGAACCAUCCAGUGUUCAAAACAUUACUGGCAACAUAGGGGAAUGGUCUAAUUGUUCUCGCGAUAGAAGAAUUUCUGGCAUGUCGGUAGCCUCGGGAAUUUACGAAGAAAUUGCAGAUAGGAUGGAGAAUGCUAAAGCUACUACUUCGCGUUUCUAUUUGGAUCCGUUUUUUCAUGAUUACGAAUCGGAAGAACCACCGCCUCUACCACCACGACAAAGAUGCGCUUCAGAGUCCAUGAAAGGAGUUAGGUCGCAAGAUGUUCUGAUUUCUCAGCGCGGUAUCGUUUCUAUAGCAUCCACUCGAAACCCAGGACAAGGCGAAAGAAAUGCUUUUGCUAUGCAGAGAAAUGUGGAUACUUCUUUCUAUGUUCCCAUGUUACCUAGACUAAGAGAUAUCAACUUUCAUCACCUACAGACACAGGCAUCUUUGCAAGAAAGUGACUAUGUUGAUAUGCGAUGAAGCUUACAACAAAAGUAGCGAACAGGUUUCUUUAACAUGCUAAUACUCGAUACCUAAAUAUACUACCUCUCUUUUCUCGUCCACCCUUUUUCGUUCAU